GCGGUCGUUCCGGGAUGCUGCUGCCGGGUGCUCGCUGUUUGUCCUCGCUUCCAGGCUCGGUUGUGUGAUGGAGAGGCGGGACCCAGCCCGGGGCAUCCGGUCGCUGUUACUGCUGUUGCGUGUCGGAACAGCAUUGGCGAAGUUGUCAAGAGUUGCCGUUCCUCAAGGGCCCCUCCACAGGGUUGAGGGAAGCCACGUCUCACUCUCCUGCAAUGUGUCACACUACAAGGGGUCUGAUGGGCUGGAUUUUGAAUGGUCCCUGCUUCAUCCCUCAGAGCCCCCACUGAAAAUGGGUUUGAUCAGCACUCGGAAUGAAGCAUUUACCCAUGCUAGCUUCCAGCACAGAGUACUGGCGGGGGAAAUCCACAUCAGACGCACCUCUCCAAGCUCCGUCCAGCUACUCAUAAGGAAGCUUCGCAAAACUGAUGCGGGCGAUUUGGAAUGUUGUGUCCCUCCAGCGGCUGGGAGACACCACGAUCCGGACAGGGCCUAUGUCACGCUGAGAGUACUGCCGGACACUCUGCAGCUGACAGCCCCAGAAGAGUCACCAGUCCCCCUCUCCCUCCAGGAGGGUAAGCCCUUUGCACUCCGUUGCCAGGCGGCCUCGCUGUCAGCACUACACACACACCUGUCCGUGCACUUACUGCUGGUGACUGGGGACAGGCGUGCACAGCGGAUGGUAGCAGGGCUGGACCGGGACCAGGUGCUGAGUUCCGAACCAGGGGGACCCUUCUGGAGCCGCUUCAUACAGGGGGAGGUCGGGCUGCAGAGGCUGGGGCACGACUCCUACCACCUCCACCUCCAGCAUGUUCGGACGGAGGAUGCCGGCCGCUACGACUGUGUGGCUGCACAAUGGCUCCAGGACCCGGAUGGACAAUGGCAGAAGAUCAAGGAAAAGAGCGUCUCACUGGUGGAUCUGAGUGUCCAACCCAACGAUGUGGCCAUGCACGCUGCUGCCUCUGUGGUGCCUGGUUCAUUGUACCAGGGUGACGUGGUGACGCUGCUGUGUAACGUCAGCCUGGGCCGGCCGCUGGGGGACGGGCAGCUCUCGGUGGGCUGGUGGGGUCCGACAGAGGAGCCUUUGGUGCUGCUGGACCGGCGGGGGAUAAGCCUGAACACCCCCCUGGGCGGUAGGAGUGCGGCAGGCACUGAGCUGGGUAUGGACCGGCCCACCGAGUUCUGCUUCCGUCUGCGUUUGUAUGGCGCCCACAGGGAGGACCAGGGCCAUUUCCAUUGCCGGGUGGGACUGUGGACACAGAACGAGGCUGGGCGCUGGUACCAAUCAUCCGAGGCCAGCUCUCCCCCCACCACCCUCUUCCUGUACCUUACCCCCUGGGACACACUGCUGCUGCCUGCCGUGGUGGGUGUUGUGACUGCCCUGACCGUCUCCAUCGCCAUCAUUGCUGCCGUCACCUGCUGCUUUCUUCGCCGGCUCGCUCGGAGGAGAGGCACUAAGUGACGCCCAUGACGUGGGUCAACUGAAGAUACAAUACGCCCAAUGCAAUGUUGACUCCCAGCCCGUUAAUCCAGCUGUCUUCUUCCAGCAGUUACAUCUCAUUGUUCAUCCUGACCUAACACUUGUCACCCCUCCCCAUAAUCCUUCUCCACUCCCCAACACUGACUCCCAAUACAAUCCUUCUCACCUCCCCAACACUGACUCCCAAUACAAUCCUUCUCACCUCCCCAACACUGACUCCCAAUACAAUCCUUCUCACCUCCCCAAUACUGACUCCCAAUACAAUCCUUGUCACCCUCCCCAACACUGACUCGGAAUACAAUCCUUCUUACCCUCCCCAACACUGACUCGGAAUACAAUCCGUGUCACCUUCCCCAACACUGACUCCCAAUACAAUCCUUGUCACCUCCCCAAUACUGACUCCCAAUACAAUCCUUCUCACCUCCCCAACACUGACUCCCAAUACAAUCCCUGUCACCCUCCCCAACACUGACUCCCAAUACAAUCCUUCUCACCUCCCCAACACUGACUCCCAAUAUAAUCCCUGUCACCUUCCCCAACACUGACUUCCAAUACAAUCCUUGUCACCUCCCCAACACUGACUCCCAAUACAAUCCUCGUCACGCUCCCCAACACUGACUCUCAAUACAAUCCUUCUCACCCUCCCCAACACUGACUCCCAAUACAAUCCAUCACCCUCCCCAACACUGACUCCCAAUACAAUCCUUCUCACCUCCCCAACACUGACUCCCAAUAAAAUCCUUCUCACCUCCCCAACACUGACUCCCAAUACAAUCCUUCUCACCUCCCCAACACUGACUCCCAAUAUAAUCCCUGUCACCUUCCCCAACACUGACUCCCAAUACAAUCCUUCUCACCUCCCCAACACUGACUCCCAAUACAAUCCUUCUCACCUCCCCAGCACUGACUCCCAAUACAAUCCUUCUCACCUCCCCAAUACAAUCCUUCUCACCUCCCCAAUACAAUCCUUCUCACCUCCCCAACACUGACUCCCAAUACAAUCCUUCUCACCCUCCCCAACACUGACUCCCAAUACAAUCCUUCUCACCUCCCCAACACUGACUCCCAAUACAAUCCUUGUCACCCUCCCCAACACUGACUCCCAAUACAAUCCCUGUCACCCUCCCCAACACUGACUUCCAAUACAAUCCUUCUCACCUCCCCAAUACUGACUCUCAAUACAAUCCUUCUCACCACCCCAACACUGACUCCCUGUACAAUCCUUGUCACCCCUCCCCAACACUGACUCCCAAUACAAUCCUCGCAUUCCUUCCCGAACUCCAACUCCCAUUACAACCCUCAAUACCUCAUCUCCAACCCUGACACCAACUCAUUCUUCAACAUCCCAUCUCCAAGCCUGGCUCCAAACCAACCCGUGAUACUCCUCGCCAACACUGACUCCCAACCCAACCCUCAAAACCCUUCCCAAAACUCUCUCAACAUAAUCCUUGUCACCACCUCUCCAACAUUGACACCAACCCGACACUUGUUAUCCUCCCCAAAAAUGUCUCCCCACCUGCCGUCGUCACCACCUUUGCAACAGUGACACCAGCCCUACCAUCAACAUCCCAUCUCCAACCUGAUACCAACACAAUCCUUAACAUCUUUCCAACCCUCAAAACCACCUACCCAAUCCUUGUCACCCAACCCAACCUUCAUCAGCCUCUCUCCGGCUGUGACACCAACCCAACUUCAUUCACAAUUCCCCACCACAUUACCUUUCCCACCUGCCCCCCUUAAUCCAACUCUGACACCAACUUUUGCUCCACAACCCCAACAUAACCCUGAAUACCCCCCCAACUCUGAUGAACAAACCAACCCAAAUAUGAGGCUGUAUAGAUAACCCUAAAUACUCCUUGAGCCCUACCUGUCUGGCAGUGCCACCCCUGGACCCAUCCCAGUGAGCACCGGUACCCACUACAAACCCCCAAACUGGAAACCCAACACAAGGCUACCUGUACUCAGUGCGUCGGGCAGCAGCUGUGGUAAAAGGGAAAAAGUUUAUACUAGAGGCUGAAGACCCUUCGCCGGAAACAGGAAAGAACGAUUUAGUUUGUCAACAUUAGAAAGAAGAUGAAGGAGGAAUGGACAGAACAAAGGGAGGAUCCUUGAUGGGGUGAGACCAAAUAAGGUCCUUUGGAAUAUCCCAUCCUAUUACACCCCUCCUGUUCCAUUGGCUCAUACAUACUUCCCAGCUCUCUGUAACUGCCUUGACCCCUACAACCCUCCUAGUCUCUAUAGCACCUUCCUGCCCCUCCUUGUCUCUGUAACCCCACCGGCCCCUACACCCCUCCAUGUCUCUGUACCCCCCUCCAUCCCCUACACCCCUCCCUGUCUCUGUCACCCCCUCCAAUCCCCACACCCCUUCCUGUCUCUGUAACCCAUCUGGCUCCUACACCCCUCCCUGUCUCUGUAACCCCAACUGACCCCUACAUCCCUCCCUUUCAUUGUAACACACUCUGGCCCAUAUAUCCCUCCCUGUCUCUGUAACCCAGUACCUCAAUCUCUCCCCCGACAUUCUCACCAGCCACCCAGAAUUCUCUCCUUCACUCACACACUGGGGGACAGUUUUCAGCUGAAAAUUAACCCACUGUACAUAUCUCUGGGAUGUGGGAGGACACCAGAGUAGUAUGCGAAAACAUGCAGACGUCACAGACAGCAGUUUUAAACCCAGCGACUGUUCAAGCGGGUUGGGAUUGGGAAUCUGGAGCUGUGGAUUGGGGUCCGCAGUGGUCUUGUGUGAGCAGUGGGGGGAAUCUCCAGCUAAUAAACUCCUCACUGACCCCAACAGUCAUACACCUCCUGUCCCGUCUGAGGGACCCACACUGAUCUCAAAAUCCAAAGAAACAAGGGGAAGAAUCAAUCAAUCCUGAGAGACUGACAGAAGAAUAUCACACCCUUACUCUCUAUAAUAAAAACCACGGAUU